GGAUUCCUGAUAAAUUAGGGGUGAUUGCAUUUGAGCAGUCCCCAGGCGGGAGGUAUUCUCCCGCCACAUAUUGAUCCCUCUGGCCUCUGAACUCCCCAAAUUGAGGGUGUUCUUUUCCACCAGGUCCCUGGGAUCCUAGGUGAUAUGGGAUACCCCUAAAUUGAGCCUUCCCACAUAUAGGGAGUCCCUUGGAAUGGCAUUCUUCUCCUGAAUUCAAGAGAGGAGAGAUCUCCUCUGAUAGUACCCUUCCUGAUACAGUCUCCUAAAUGUUGGGUUUCCCUAGAAAUGGGCAGAGGGGAACCCCUUUCAGAAGCCAUCUGGGACCCUUCCUAAGAGACGUUUUGUAUCCUUUCAAAAGCCAGAGUCACUCCCUUAAAUAACAGGGAAACAAGCUGGACUCACGUCCCAAAGUCCAGCCCCUCAUCUCACCCCUCCACCCCCAUCCUGAGAGACAGGGGAGCCUCAUUCAAGCUUUAUUUUGGGGAGAUUCCAUGGCGGGGUGCUGUGAGCCUGCAGGCUGUGAUGGGGUCGCCCCCUGCCGCAGUGCUCAGCUGGGGUCUUCCCGGGCAGAGGGUGGGUUUCUGGGUUCACCUCCCAGCAGGUGCAGCUCUGCUGGAACACAAGGAACCUGUGCCCUGGGGCCGCUGCCAUGGGGUCUUAUCUGGCCAUGUUCUCAUGGGACUCUGGAAAAUGUUCUAGGUCCUCAGCUUUCCCUGUCCAAUGUGAGGCACCCAGUAAGCCUCACCUCCUUCUCUCCUCCCUGGUUUCUCAGGCCUGAUUGGAUCCGUGCACACCCCAUGUUUCUAACCCCCCCAUCCUCUCCCCCCUCCCCCACUCUAUUCCAGGCCCUGGCUCUGGGCCUACCAGGGAACUCCAUCCCACCCUUUUUGGGCCAGCUGUCGUCCCGCCCUUCUCAGCGCCCCCUCCUGGCUGGGUGGGGGCCCCUCUUGGCUGAGCUGGGGUGCUCCCCCCUCCCCACCCAAGGCCGGCCCUUUCCUGUGGAGUCAUCUCACCGCCGCGCGCCACCCACUCGUAACUCGCACCCGGGUCCUGGCUGCGCUGCGUCCCCUCCUGCAUCCCCUGGAUGGCCCUUCAGCCAAAGGGGGCCUGGGCGAUGGUCGACCACCGAGCUGCGCAAGGAGAAGUCCCGGGAUGCGGCCCGCAGCCGGCGCAGCCAGGAGACCGAGGUGCUGUACCAGCUGGCCCACACGCUGCCCUUCGCACGCGGCGUCAGCGCCCACCUGGACAAGGCUUCCAUCAUGCGCCUCACCAUCAGCUACCUGCGCAUGCACCGCCUCUGCACCGCAGGGGAGUGGAACCAGGUGGGAGCAGGGGGAGAACCACUGGAUGCCUGCUACCUGAAGGCCCUGGAGGGCUUCGUCAUGGUGCUCACCACCGAGGGAGACAUGGCUUACCUGUCGGAGAAUGUCAGCAAACACCUGGGCCUCAGUCAGCUGGAGCUCAUCGGACACAGCAUCUUUGAUUUCAUCCACCCCUGUGACCAAGAGGAGCUUCAGGACGCCCUGACCCCCCAACAGACCCUGUCCAGGAGGAAGGUGGAGGCCCCCACAGAGCGGUGCUUCUCCUUGCGCAUGAAGAGUACGCUCACCAGCCGCGGGCGCACCCUCAACCUCAAGGCGGCCACCUGGAAGGUGCUGCAUUGCUCUGGACAUAUGAGGGCCUACAAGCCCCCUGCACAGACUUCUCCAACUGGGAGCCCCGACUCAGAGCCGCCACUACAGUGCCUGGUGCUCAUCUGCGAAGCCAUCCCCCACCCAGGCAGCCUGGAGCCCCCGCUGGGCCGGGGGGCCUUCCUCAGCCGCCACAGCCUGGACAUGAAAUUCACCUACUGUGAUGACAGGAUCGCAGAAGUGGCCGGCUACAGUCCCGAUGACCUGAUCGGCUGUUCCGCCUACGAGUACAUCCACGCGCUGGACUCCGAUGCGGUCAGCAAGAGCAUCCACACCUUGCUGAGCAAGGGCCAGGCAGUAACAGGGCAGUAUCGCUUCCUGGCCCGGAACGGUGGCUACCUGUGGACCCAGACCCAGGCCACAGUGGUGUCAGGGGGACGGGGCCCCCAGUCGGAGAGUAUCGUCUGUGUCCAUUUUUUAAUCAGCCGGGUGGAAGAGACCGGAGUGGUGCUGUCCCUGGAGCAAACGGAGCAACACUCUCGCAGACCCAUUCAGCGGGGCGCCCCCUCUCAGAAGGACACCCCUAACCCUGGGAACAGCCUUGACGCCCCUGGCCCCCGGAUCCUCGCCUUCCUGCACCCGCCUUCCCUGAGCGAGGCUGCCCUGGCCGCUGACCCCCGCCGUUUCUGCAGCCCUGACCUCCGUCGCCUCCUGGGACCCAUCCUGGAUGGGGCUUCAGUAGCCGCCACUCCCAGCACCCCGCUGGCCACACGGCAUCCCCGAAGUCCUCUUUCGGCUGAUCUCCCAGAUGAACUACCUGUGGGAACAGAGAAUGUGCACAGACUCUUCACCUCCGGGAAAGACACUGAGGCAGUGGAGACAGAUUUAGAUAUAGCUCAGGAUGCCGAUGCUCUGGAUUUGGAGAUGCUGGCCCCCUACAUCUCCAUGGAUGAUGACUUCCAGCUCAACGCCAGCGAGCAGCUACCCAGGGCCUACCACAGACCUCUGGGGGCUGUCCCCCGGCCCCGCGCUCAGAGCUUCCAUGGCCUGUCACCUCCAGCCCUUGAGCCCUCUCUGCUGCCCCGCUGGGGUAGUGACCCCCGGCUGAGCUGCUCCAACCCUUCCAGAGGGAACCCCUCAGCAUCCUCUUCCAUGGCUGGGGCUCGGAAGAGGACCCUGGCCCAGAGCUCAGAGGACGAGGACGAGGGAGUGGAGCUGCUGGGAGUGAGACCUCCCAAAAGGUCCCCCAGCCCAGAACCCGAAAACUUUCUGCUGUUUCCCCUCAGCCUGAGUUUCCUUCUGACAGGAGGACCAGCCCCAGGGAGGCUGCAGGACCCCAGCACCCACCUCCUGGACCUGAAUGAGCCCCUGGGCCUGGGCCCCUCACUGCUCUCUCCGUACUCAGACGAGGACACUACCCAGCCCAGGGACCACUUCCAGCCAACGGCAGGCUCGGCCCAAGCCGACUGAGCCGCCUCCUCUCCCCAUCUGCCUUCUCCUCCCCCAGAGAGGACCUCAACCACACUCCAAGCCGGCAGCCAACGCACAGGAUGGGGAUGCCAGGAGAGGGGCCCCUCUCCUCUCUAUGUGCCCCCUGCCCACCUCGGGCCUACCUCAGCCCUCACCCCUCUGCCUGCUCCCAGUCUGGGGGCUCUUUGGGGUAGUCUCAGCUCAGUGACCUCUGGGAGGGGGUCCCUGGCUCCCUCCUCCUCCUCUCAGGAUUUCUCUUGGGGUUCUCAAUACUUGGUUACCUCAUUAUCCCUUUCUCUGCCUCUCUUGGCUUUAUUUUGGGGAAUUAGGGGUGGGGAGGGUUGGCAGGGGGCCGUAUCUGUGUUUCCAGGUUCUGGGGAGAACAAUGAUCCACAGGUCAGUGUGA